AUGGAUUCCUCAGCACCUGCCUACGGCGGAGUCAAUUCCAAAGGUCAGCCAAUCAAGAAAGCCUUCAGAUUUGCCUCCAGCUUUUUGGACCACAAGCUCACGGCUGCAGAACUGGAGCAAUGCACACCUCUGGAGGGCAAAGAAGUCACUUUGUCGCAAGACUACCCUCCGGGCGUCACCUCCAUCUUGAGAGGAAUCAGAUAUGUGGCCAAGAUGCGCAACCCUGCGCGCUUCCAGAUCAAGACGGUCUAUGCCGCUUUCUCGCAGCCAUCAAGUGAUCAGCAAGCUUGGAAACAGGCGAUUGACCAAGCCAGACGGCUUUUUACCUCAUCCAGUACGAGCAACAUCAUGCUGGGGAAGCAUGACCUUCUCUACAGCCAGAUUCAAGCCCUACUGCCAUGGGAAAUCACCAGACUUCAGCUUGCGCACCGGCCUCUUGUGCAAAGGCUCCCACAACAUGUUCCUCACACACACCGAGGACAAGUGCUGAAAUGUACCACCAGAGAGGAGCUCGACAUCACAGCAGAAGACCUCUCAGACGUCCACUUCCCAAGAGGAAGAUUUUCAGCACCAGUUGACAUUGCAGUCUUCUUCUACGGCUAUCCAAGAAUGGCUGAUGAAGAUCUUGGAGUCCCCGGCGAAGAAGCAGCAGAACGUGACCAGGAGCCAGAACCAGUUCAGGCCAGAGAGAACCCGACAAAGGAGAUCUUCCACGAUGAGAUCACCUUCCCUGGCACACCUGGCAUUGACAGAUCCAUCAAAGCUGCAGUCGCCAGAAUGCACAAGAAUAUGGGCCACCUUCCACCAGGAGAGCUGAUCAAGCUACCCUCCUUGAACGGCAUCACCAGUGACCAGGUGAUCAAAGCCACUAAAUCCAUGCAGUGCUCUGCAUGUCUUCGGUCAAAACCGCCAGGCAGACCGAAUCCAGCCGCACCACCAAAGUUUUUGGGCCAAUUCGCAGAUCAUUUGCAGGCAGACAUCUUCUACUGCCGCGACAUCAGAUCCACCAACUACCCCAUCUUGGGAAUCAUCUGCGAAGCCACCCACUACCAUGCUGCCAUCAGGCUUGAGUCCAGAAAUCCUGAACAUGUUGCACAGGCCUUCAAGACGGCAUGGGUUCGCAACUUUGGCUUUCCGCUGAGGUUGACAGUUGAUGAUGAUGGAGCUUUCAAGUCCUACUUCCAGGACUACUUCGACGAAGGUGGCGCCUUUGUUGACUUCAUAGCUCCCGAAGCACACCACCAAUUGGGUGUCAUUGAAAGGCACAAUGGCACGUUGAGAAUGCUGCUCGAAAGAAUUGUUGAUGCCACACCAUGUUCCACACCAGAAGAGCUGGACAAUGGCAUCAUCUCGGCACUUCAUGCAAAGAAUGCUGCUACUUGGAGCUCAGGUCGUCCGCCAUACAUUGCAGCCUUCGGCAAGAUCCCAAGGAUUGGCCUAGAUUUCAUCAACGAUCCAAGAGCUUUGGUUUCCGGCUCAACCACUUCAGAAGCACAACAACAAUCGGCCAUGAUGAGAUGCGAAGCCAUGAAGGCCCUUGCAGAAGCAUCAGCCUCUUCAGCCUUGAGGAGAGCUUUGUUGAGAAAGACGAAUUCUGCAGAUGCCAUCGAGGACCCAACACCAGGAUCUCUCUUGGCAUAUUGGAGAUGGACUACCCACUCACAUCGGAAACGCAAAGGAUAUCGAAUUGCUCGCUACCUUGGAAGCGACCCUUCAGGUGACCUAUGGGUUCAGAGCGGUGCAAACACCGUCAAGGUCUCACGAGGCCAAGCAAGAAAUGUUUUUGGGUACGAGAACUACAUCCCCACCAAAGAAGAUGUUCGUGCCCUCAAGACGGCUGAGAAGAAUAUAGCCGAUGAUCUCUGGGAAGAUCACCAAAUCCCAGAAGGCAUUGAGGUUCCACCGCCUGAGGCAGAAAACCUCGAGUUCGAGGAUGCAGACUUCCCCACGUUGGAUGUGCCUCAACAAGAACAUCCACAGGCCCAGGCUGCCGAACCGUUGGUUUUGCCUCUCGGCCAAAGGACAACUUCACCACCGCCGGCCGUACAUGAUCCGUAUGAGCCCCAGAGUCCACAGACAGUCAUCAAUCUGCAGCAGAACAUUCGCCAGACUCAAAAUGUUUUUGGACCACCUGAGACAGAACAAGCCAUGACACCUGUCCCACCGAUUGCAGAUGCCGCACCGUCUCAAGAGACACCUCAGGAACAUUCAGAACCACAUCCUGGGGAGAGUUCCGGCGUGCCUAACACGGAGGCGCGGUGGCUCACACCUUCCGGACCCGGAACCUCUACCGACUCAAGCUCUACCAAGCAUCUGACAUGGUGGACCUCACGGGCGAAGAUGACCAACCAGACAGGAAUCUUGAAGCAUGCUACACCACCAGAGCUCGCUGAGCCCACAGAACCGCUGCCAGUGCUUCCGGCCAAACGGCCAUUUGACGCACUGACGAUGGAUGUGAAGGCCCGCAGAGUCACGAAUUCAUCCUUUGAGCUCUUCAACUACCAGAGCAAGUGUGCACGCCCCUUUGAGAAUUUGCGAUGCUGGGCUCGGCUAGACCUUUGUGUUUCACAGCCACAGCUGACGAUUGAAGACAGGACCAUCGAUGCAAACUCCAACCAGAUCAUCUUCGAAGGAGUCUUCAAUCCUGACAACGAAGAUGAAGAGAAGCACAACUUUGAUGGCCCUAUGAACACCAUCACCGAGCUAUGGUACUCCAAGCCAUCCCGCAAGACCCAGGCCUUUAGAGCUUUUGAUGAUGCACUUGAGGAGAUUGAGCCUGGCUGGGAUGGAUCAGAAGACACUCCACUGCCUUCAUCCAAGAAGUACUACAAGGUCUACGCGACCAAGUUGGCCAAGACAGUCGAUGAUCACUUUAGUCGCCCAAGUGACACAGAGACUGAAGUGGAGGACUACAAGACAGGAGCACCAAGCCUGACCAGACAAGAAAAGAAAGCCAUCGAAAAGGAGCUUCACUACCGCGACAUUUUGUCGCAAAGUGAGGAGUACAUCCAGGAGUUCAUCAAGUCAGCGCAAAAAGAAGAAGCCAGCUUCAUGGAGUGGAAAUCCCUCAAGCCAGUUCCACCCGCAGAAGCUCAGGAGAUCCUUCGAGAUCCUCAAAAGCGCAAGCGCGAUCACAAGCCGCGCUUGCUACCGAGACAAGAACAAAGGACUACACCAAGCAGAAUCUCAGAGAUGCUGACCUAUGCCAUCUUUCUGAGCGGACUUCAUGGAAAAGCCUUUGGCUCCAGCAAGACUUGGAAGAUGUGGGCAGGUGUCGCAACUACAGCGUUUCUUCAGGGAGCUCAAGACCUGUCCGAAAGAGCUGGAAAGCUUUACCUUCGUGCCCCGAAGGAUCCCAUCCUGCUUAAAGCCAAGGUGUUCACCAGUGAUCUUUACGAGAUCACAGGAAACGUGUACGGCCUCUCGAACGCACCGUACACCUGGGCAAAAGAAGUGACAGACAGACUUCAGCGGCUAGGCUUCAGGAUCCACUCCUUCGACAGAAUGAUGUUUUACUUCCCGGAUCCUGAUAACCCACCUUCGCCAGCUGCAGUACUCAUCUGUUACGUUGAUGAUUUUCUCAUCACCUUCAACGAUUCCUUCCCCUUUGACAAGUUUACAGCUGCCUUCAAUUGGGGUGCACAGCAGUUCCUUGAGAUUGGACAUCCCUUAGUGUUCAAGGGAAAGGAGUUGCACCUUGAGCAGACCGGUGACAUCCAGACUCUCCGCAUUGUUCAGGAGACCUUCAUUGAGAGUUUGGAGCAGGGCUACAUCAGUCGAAAGAACAAGAACACUGACAUCCUUGCAGCAGAGCAUUGGCCAGAGUUCAGGUCGAUCAGUGGUUGUUUACAAUGGCUUGCAGGGCAAAGCAGGUUGGACAUCAGCAGUGCAGUUUCAUUGUCCAACAGAGGACAGGAGACAACGUACGGUGACCUUGAUUGCCUGUACCAGCACCUGCAGCAUGUGAAGGACACCAAGGCCUUAGGACUUCGGUUGUUCCCUGUGCCCAUUGACAAAAGCACCACAAUCCUGGCCUACAGCGACGCAAGUUGGGCCAACGCCCAGGGCAGUGCAAGUCAGCGUGGACAGGUACUGUUGUUGACGCCCACCACCGUCACCGAGAAGCCUUGCUAUGGGGCUGUUGUUGACUGGAAGUCAUCCAGGUCAAAGCGAGUUUGCCGCUCGGCGCUUGCAGCUGAAUCGGUAGCAGCCGACACAGCAGCUGACAGGUUGGCUUACUUGCAGUACAUCCUUGGAGAGUUGGUUUUUGGAGUUCCGGCCCAUCGCAUCGGGCCAAAGUUGAGGGCAUUGUUGGCUACAGACUGCAAAAGCCUGUAUGAUUCGGUGAGUUCAUCGAAUCCGACUGCAGAGGACAAGCGGUCGGUCAACAUCCGCAGUAUCCAAGAAGUGGUUGAUCGGCAUACGAUCCAUUGGAUUCCAACAGGCCUUCAAAUGGCAGACUCCCUGACCAAGAUCUCGGUCGACUUGCGAGAUCAGUUGCUCGCAUGGCUCCAGAAGCCAGUAGUUCAGCUGAGGGAAGCACAUGAGUCAAAAGAAAAAUACCCCAGUAGAUUACACAAGGAAAUGGUUAGCCCUGACAUUGGCCGGCAGCGGCUCGAGCCUUUGGUUCAUGCAAUGGGAGGCUUGCUUGGGCAGCCAUUGGAAGACGAUGCCGCCCUGUCCCCAGAGCAACGCAUUUCCAGUGGCGCAGAGAAAGCUGAAAGUGACGACCUUCUGGAAUUGACAGCUCGGUUUCUAUCAAGCCAGAGCGGGGGCCAAACUGAACACGACAUUCAGAGCUUCUUGUCAGCAAAUGGCCAUGAUCUCACAAUGCCCAUGACAAGAGCCGUGGUCCAGCGUGCUCAGCUAGAAAGGUGCUCGGCAAUACUGGGUGCCAAGCCUCUAGCUUAUCGCUCGCACUCUGAUGUUUCAGUGGUCCGCCACCUGUUAGCCAGCCAAGAGCAACCCAUUCUAGAUGUUGAGCAGUGGCAAGAACGCCGGAGGCACAUAAUUCACAACAUGCAAGUUGUCAUGGGCUGGUUUCCUUCGACCGGUGCGAAGGCGAGGGAAUUGCACGCCCCAGUGCCGUUUGACAUUCUUUCACAGAAUGUGCCCACCACACCUGAUUGUGCUUGCAAAGUGGUGAUGCAGAAAAUUCGUUUUUGUCCAGAGGAGCAAGAUCAGGUCGAGGGAUGGCUCUUGAUUCCACAAGUUUCAAGUCCUUGCCCCGCAGUCCUAUGCCCUCACCAGACCACAAUGAACCCACAAACUGGGAAGGAUGAGCCUGCUGGCCUAGGAGGCUCACGAGAGUUGUGCUACGCGUUGGAGCUGGCGCAGUUGGGUUAUGUGACGCUUACAAUCGACUAUCCCGGAUUUGGCGGCUACAGUUUUCCUGUUUAUCAGAGAGGUUAUGCAAGUGUGACUAUGAAAGGGAUUUGGAAUCAUUUGCGUGCUGUAGAUUUGCUUGUUGGCCUUCCGCAGGUUGACUCUGAAAGGAUCGGGGCCCUUGGGCAUUCGCUGGGUGGACACAACUCACUCUUUCUUGCAGUGUUUGAUCCCCGCAUCAAGGAUCCAGCUUGCAUGCCAUUUGAAUUUCACGAAGUCUUGGCUGCCUGUGCUCCCCGGCACAUUUUUUGCAAUGCUCCCCUUGGUGAUGAGAAUUUCGAUGUGCAGGGAGUUUCUGAUGGUAGAAUGUACAACGUUAGUGGAGACUGGCUUGAAGAGCCUGACUUCUCUGACAAGCCCAUUGGUACCUGGACGCUGCUGCAGAGUGGUGGUGUUGUGAGCGGAGUUGGAAAAUCAAGCAUUGGAAACCCAGAUUCGAAGCUGAGCGGAAUCGUCGUGGUGGAGGAUGCGAAAACGCUAGUUACACUGCGAUGCUCCGGUCAGGGUUGGAAUUCAACUUACACGGGCUCCGUUGAUCUCGAUGUUGAACCAAUUACCAUCACUGGCACAUGUACAAACCAAGAGCAUGGACGAUCUUGGAAGUUGAGCUUGACCAAGGUAGCUUCUGACGGAGAUGAUGAACUUCGCAGCUUCGCGAUGAGAGCAAGUGAACUUUCCAUGGCAUCUGUCAAGAAGUUAAUUGGCUUGGUCAAACUUGUUUGCGAGGACUUGGGCCAAGGAAGUGUGCAGCUAUUAUUCUUGUGGGAGCAUUGGAAGACAUUGCCGCUAACCAGCGCGGCCUUCACAAUAGCGUCAGUUUCGUGUGGCUUGCUUGCAUCUGCUGGCGGCCCAGUUAUGGAAUGGAUCCGACAACGAAAGAGCGAGGAGGAAUUGGCUGCUUUGACCCAACGUGUCAUGAAGAUCAGUAAGAGACAAGAAGGUGAGAACGGCAAGGCAAGCUCUGCGCUGAACACGGAGACCAUUCUGAAAGAGGCCCUCCCUUUACUAGCGGACCAGAAAAUGACAAAACGGCCCUCCAGUUUUGCCAGAGAAGUGCCGGCUGAUUUGGAUGAGUUUGAUGAAACUGCUGACAUUCUGGACGUACUGGACAAAAGGCGCAGUGUUUUGGUGAUUUUGUUGAUUUUGGUCCUGGUGUUUUGGGGAGGCAUCCUGAGCAUCCCGCUAGUUUUUGAAAACCGACUAGUGUGCAGCAGCAGCCUCCCAUCCCAAGCACACAUUCUCUUCUUCAGUGCAGUUAUUGUGAUGAUCGUUUUUGAGUUGUGGCUGCUUGUUCAGACUCACGCGGGUACGCAGCUUUUUCGGAAGCAGCCUGCUGAGUGUUGUUUGGGCCUUGGACUUUCGAUCUUGGGUCGCUUCGACACCUACUCGGACAUCACAUUCGUUAUGGUUGCCAGGGAUUGUGGUUCACGGCUGUGGCCUUGGGCUGCUGGCAUUUUCUUUUUUGGAGUGGUUUGUAUGCAAUUCCUUCCAGCUCUCGGCUUGUUCCAUUCUCGUAAGUACUGGGCAUAUGCUCUCAAGUUCAACGACUUCAACCUACUCUUGGCGACGGUCAAGCCAGUGAACCUGCUGGCCUGA